UUCGACAAAUUUCGACUACAUAGUCGAUGAAGUUCUUCAAUAAACAGUCAAACUUCAAGAAAGGAUUUCAAUAAAAUAAAAUUGAAAAUAGAUCUAAGUUCAUUUUGGUUAAAGAAUCAAGUAAAAGUGAAAUUAAAAGUUUGUUAAGAAAUCACUUUAAAGUGGUAAUAUUUUAAAUUUCGUGUUCUUUCUUCAAUUGACGUUAUGAGAGACUUUUCGCCUCGUCGUGAACGCCGAGAACGUACAGAUCGUUCAGAUCGUUCAUCAAAUAUGCCGCGCUUCAGAGAAUGGGAUUUGAAAUGCAAAGUUUAUGUAGGCAAUCUUGGAUCGUCAGCGUCAAAGCAUGAAAUCGAGAAAUCAUUCAGUAAAUACGGUCCAUUAAGAAAUGUUUGGGUGGCACGUAAUCCCCCAGGUUUUGCCUUUGUUGAAUUUGAAGAUUCAAGAGAUGCUGAAGAUGCAGUUAGAGCGUUGGAUGGAACACGAGUGUGUGGAACAAGAAUCCGCGUAGAAAUGUCUUCAGGACGAACAAGACGUGACGAAGGUCGUAGAGGAGGACCAAGUCGAGAUGACCGACGAGGAGGCGAACGACGCUACAGGUUUGAACAAAACUUGCUAAUUAAUGUAACUAACACCAAAAAAACUUCUAAUUUCAAAGUCAAAUAUGGAGAUUUUUGUCGAAAGAAUUCGCUUAAGUAGUAGAUUUGAACUAACACGAUUGAAAUCACAUCCAAACAUUGACUUCUGUUGUAACUCUUCAAUUUUUCUUCUCAACUUCUUUAAUAUUAGUUGCACUAUUUUUCUUAUAAAGAUUUAGCUUAAGUCCUCUAUUGUAUUUUGUGAACCAUUCCCAAUAUUUGUAUCUUUUUCGCCCUCCAUCAUUCAAAGCAUAGAAGCAAUCUGACGAUGAGUGUAAAUAAUCGUUUUUGGUGGUCUUUUGUUGAUCAAAAAAAGCAAAAAAGAGAUUUUUUCAUUUUUCUGUUGAAUGUUUUUUAAUAUGAAAAAUUUAGACAAUCACUGAUUUUUUUAGAUAAUUUUUAAUUGAAAAUGCCAAAUCCUGCUGACAAAUUUCAGGAAUUUCCAUCAUAAACACCAACACCUCGACAACAACAACACAUGUUCAUCGCUUCUGUCGUCCCUGCAUCGAUAUGUUGGCAAAAUUUACGCGAACAUGACAUGGCUAUUUUCUUUUUCAAUAUUUCCACCAUAAAAAAAAGUAAUUAUGGAUGAAAAUGUGCGAAAUUGUGAAUAUUGCCAGAGUCAUGUUGAACGUGAUAGCCUCGGUUCUCUGAUCAUGGCGUGCUCUUGCUUCGAAAGCAUCUGCUUCAUCUGCUAGCGUUGCUUCACUGUGCGCCAUCUUUCCAUUAGAAUGUUUUCUUUCUGUUGCUUCCAUCGGGGAUAUCAAAAAAGCAAACACAAAACAAAAAUAUAAAACAAAAAAUUAUGACCAGAACCUUCUGACUUUGACCGUAAUACGACAUGGAAAUUUCUCAAUGUCUACUUCCAUCAGUGGCUUUAUCUAAACUCGGUUGUUGAUCAAAACAAUUAACGUCAACCAACGACCACCAAAUUUAUCCAACCACAAAUACACCAUCUUCCCAUCUUCUGCUACUUCGUGAGAUGUUGUUUUACGCAAUAUAUAAAUCUAACUUUAACUCAACUCUUCAUCAUCUUGAUUUAAUUCAUCAUUUAAACUACUAUCUGAUAAAAUAAUCACCACCAACCUGCCUCCUCAAUUACUUCAUCAACUUCACCAACCAAAUUUAUACUUUCGUUAUCGCGAAGAAAUAAAAAAUGCGUUUCCCACAUAAGUACGUCAGCUCUACCAAUCCAGCUGUUGAAAUGUCUCCAGUGUCAGCAACACCACCUUUAGUAGUUAAUCAAAAGUUUAAUUGCUUAAUUUUGACUGAAACUUCGCGCAGACAUUUUAAGAAUAAAAAAAAUGAGAACGCCGACAAGAGUUCUUUCAAAUAGGUUGCAGCAUUAAACAAACAUCUUUAAAAUAGCAUCGAAAGUUAUUAGCUUGCAAUCAACAAAUGUAACGGGAGCGUCUCUGCAAUGCAAUAAGCAAUCAAAAUUAUGCAACGCAAUCCACCUCUUAUCUUAUUGACAAAUAAACAAAAUCAUCACAUUAAUGAACCAAGCAGCUUGCUCCUUUCAUCAACACAACAGAUUUUCAACACUUUCAAAUUUCUUCCCUCACAGGUCAAGGUCUAGAAGUCCUCGAGGUCGCUCACCAGCUCGUCGCUCUCGUAGUGAGAGUAUCAGCCGCGAUCGUUCAGACUCGCGUGAUCGACGUUAAGUAAGCUGUCUAAUGUAUGUGAAGAAGGUCAAACAAGUUUUCAUUAUCAAUUUUUUAAUUAUAUCUUAAUAUUUCCAUUUAAAGUUUUCUCUGAUUUUUUAAAAAGUUUCAUUCAUAUUGACAAAAUCAAAUCAAAGUCAAAAGAACAUUUAAGUGAAUAAGUUUUUCAUUUAAUUCCUUAAUAUCUUAAGAUGAAAUGUUAUUUCCUUGACAAAAUAAAAGCAGAGUUAGAUUUUUAAUCAUUAAA